UCCUCCUCGUGUUCUGAUCUCUGUCCGCCCUUCGGUGCAGCAGACACCCGCAUUUGCCACGAUGCUCUCAGCCAGUGACUUUGCAUCUGCUUCUUGGGAUCUCGUGGUCCGAGUGGACCAUCCAGAUGAAGAGGAGCAGAAAGACGUCACCCUGCGAGUGUCCGGGGACCUGCACGUUGGCGGGGUGAUGCUCAAGUUAGUAGAGCAGAUCAACAUAGCCCAAGACUGGUCAGACUUUGCCCUUUGGGGGGAACAGAAGCGUUGCUGGCUCCUGAAAACACACUGGACCCUGGACAAAUGUGGAGUCCAGGCAGAUGCAAAGCUUGUCUUCACCCCUCAGCAUAAAAUGCUUCGCCUCCGCCUGCCGAACGUGAAGACGGUGCGAUUGCGAGUCAGCUUCUCUGCUGUGGUGUUCAAAGCUGUCAGUGAUAUCUGCAAAGCCCUGAAUAUUAGAAGACCAGAAGAACUUUCCUUGUUAAAGCCUUCUAGCGACUAUUUUAAAAAGAAGAAGAAAAAAGACAAGAACAAUAAGGAACCCUUAAUUGAAGACAUUUUAAACCUGGAGAGUUCUCCAACAAUUUCUGGGCCACCAGUAAGUCCUGGCUUGUACAGUAAAACCAUGACUCCCACGUAUGACCCCGUCAACGGAACGCCGGUGUCAUCCACCAUGACGUGGUUCAGUGACAGCCCUUUGACCGAACAAAACUGCAACAUCCUCGCAUUCAGCCAACCCCCGCAGUCACCGGAGGCGCUGGCUGAUAUGUACCAGUCUCGGUCUCUGGUCGAUAAAACCAAGCUUAACGCAGGUUGGCUGGACUCCUCGCGUUCCCUCAUGGAACAGGGCAUCCAGGAGGAUGAGCAGCUGCUGUUACGAUUUAAAUACUACACCUUCUUUGACUUGAAUCCCAAAUAUGAUGCUGUCCGAAUAAACCAGCUCUAUGAACAAGCCAGGUGGGCCAUUGUCUUAGAAGAAAUUGACUGCACAGAGGAAGAAAUGUUGAUCUUUGCAGCACUGCAGGUAUGGGAACUUCAGUACCUCCUCUCUGGAAGGAGACAAAGCAAGUUUGUUUUGCUUAAGUUUCAUGGUAUUUAUACUGGCCUUUUCUUGGAAGAAAGCACUAAAAAUGAGGGGAGUGAAUUAGAAUUUUUUUUUUUUUUUUACAGGGGGAGCGCGAUGGUGCUCCCCGGCACUUUUAGGGAAAGAGAG